AUGCAGUAUCGAUUCCUGGGUCGAUCAGGACUUCAGGUCUCUGCCAUCUCGCUUGGCGGUUGGCUAACGGCCGGUGGCCAUGUUGACGAUGAGGGAACCUUUGCCUGCAUGAAGGCAGCAUACGACUGCGGCAUCAACUUCUUCGACUGCGCCGAGGGGUACGCCGAUGGCAAGUCUGAGAUCGUCAUGGGAAAAGCCAUUAAACAUUUCGGCUGGAAGCGGAACGAUCUGGUGGUUUCCACUAAGCUUUACUGGGGAGGCGCAUUUGGCGACAAUAUUGUCAACAACAAAGGUCUUUCGAGGAAGCACGUCCUGGAAGGCAUGGCUGCAUCGCUCAAGCGUCUGGACCUCGAAUACGUUGAUCUUGUCUUCGCCCACCGACCUGAUCGUCAAACCCCCAUCGAGGAGACAGUCCGUGCUUUCAAUCAUCUCAUCACCACGGGCCAGGCUUUGUACUGGGGUACCUCCGAGUGGAAUGCAGACGAGAUUGCCCAGGCAUGGCGGUACGCCGAUAAGCUUGGGCUCAUCGGGCCCCUGAUGGAGCAGCCUGCAUACAACAUGCUGAACCGCGAGAAGGUUGAGUUGGAGUACGCUCAUCUAUACCGCGAGACUGGUCUGGGGCUCACAACGUUUUCUCCGCUGAACAAGGGCCUCCUGACGGGAAAAUACAAGAACGGCAUCCCCGACGACUCCCGCUUCGCUCAGACUGACGUGCCCUUUAUCAAGGACUUUCUGAGCAAGAACCCAAAGGAGAAAUGGGAUCCUGUCAUCCGCCAGGUCAAUUCGCUGGAGCCUAUCGCUGAGAAGCUGGGCAUCAGCCAGGGCACAUUGGCCUUGGCUUGGGUUCUAGCCAACCCGAAUGUCAGUUCCGCCAUUAUCGGAGCCAGCAGGCCUGAGCAGAUCUACCAGAAUGUGAACGCUCUGUCGGCUGUGGAGAAGUUGACGCCGGAGAUUCUGAAGGAGAUCGAUGAGCUACUGGGCAAUAAGCCAGCUGAAAUAACGCAGAGGUUCUAG